GUCAGAGCAAAACUGAUGAUAAGCUGUCUGGAGAAAGCAUGGCAGAGAAGGAGGUGCUGUUAGAAAGUAACCCUGUUUCUGACAAUGAAUCAAGAAAUGAAGGAUACAGUAGUGAGAUCAAAAAGGAACCCAUACCAGCUGAAGAAGAGGAAGGUAUUCUUACUAGGAAAGAAGAUAUUAAAGGCCAUGAAGAACAUAACGAAACAAGUGGUAAAGAAAGUCAGGAUGCCAAUUACACACAAAACCAAUCAGAUAACACAGACCAGGUUGUUGCAGAGGAAAGUAGAAACUUAAACAAAGAGGACGUUAGAAAUGAAUUAAAUGUUGAGAAGGAUUCUGUGGAGACUAGUUUUAAACCAGAUUCCACUGAGAAAAAGUCUAACAGUUCUGAUGAUUCUAAAGAUUCCCAUUGUGAUGCUACAGAUCAAAUCAAAGACAAAACUCUACAAAAUGAGGAGGAAAAAGGGAGUGUAACCAUGGAUUCUGAAGAUGAUUCUGAGUUUGAUAUUGGUGAAACCAAAGGUUGUGGUGGAGCAGCCUCCUUAGGCACUGAUAAUGAUCUAGGCUCUGGAACUCUUACUGGGGAAGCUAAAAAAAAGCAAAAGAAAAAUAAGAAGAAAAGAAAGAAAGACAGAGAUUUAAGUAAACAAGAUGAUAAGACAGAUAAUGCGAAAUCUAAGAGCAAAGAAAUUGAUAAAACAAAAUCAGAGUCCAAACAAGAUAUAGACAAAAAAAAUCAAGAAAAUAAAUCACUAGAAACUUCAGAUAUGACACAAGCAAACCCAAGUGAUAGUGAUGGCAGAGUCUUUGGACAAGCUAAAACUUGGAAAACACCAGAAAAUGUUGAGACAUCCAAACCAAAUGAUUCAAGCAUAAUCAACACAAGCAGCAGUAAGACAGAUGAUGCGAAAUCUAAGAGCAAAGAAAUUGAUAAAACAAAAUCAGAGUCCAAACAAGAUAUAGACAAAAAAAAUCAAGAAAUUAAAUCACUGGAAACUUCAGAUAUGACACAAGCAAACCCAAGUGAUAGUGAUGGCAGAGUCUUUGGACAAGCUAAAACUUGGGAAACACCAGAAAAAGUUGAGACAUCCAAACCAAAUGAUUCAAGCAUACUCAACACAAGCAGCAGUAACGAUGCUCAAGGAAAUGUCACGACAGUACAGGAUGACCAAAAAGUACAAGACAAUUUUGAUGAUCCAAAAAUAGGUCCUGAAAAAGACAAAUCUACAGAUGAAGACAAAUCUAGCUCAGAAGAUGACAAUGAUAUUGAAGGAGAUAAUGACAAUAGAGGCAUAAAAGAAAAAGAUGGUAAUGGACAGUUACCAAAUGAAAACCAAGAGGGUGUAAGGGAAACAAAUCCUGCAGUGAAGGAGACUGAUAUUGACACUGGGCAAACUAUACAUAUACCUAAAAGAAAGAAAAAGAAGAAGAAAAAGAAAAAGAAUAAGGAGAAAGCUACUGUUGAUACAGGCAGUACAACUCAAAACAAAGGAGUAAAUACAAGGAGCAUGGCUAGAAAUGCUGAAGAAGAGUGGUCAGUAACAUUUCAUGUUUUGACAAGUGAAGAUUUUCAUUUUCACCCUGAUAAAUACCAAGUCUUUAUUGUGAUGGGCCAUGAGGAAAUGGGAGGCUUGAAAAAUAAAGAAAGGCAAAUGAAAGUUGAAAGGCCUGUAGAGGGUGAUAUAUAUGAGCUAGUGUAUGAGACUAAAAUACCGUUUAGGCUUCUUGAUAGCAGUAACUAUUUUCCAUACAAGUAUUAUUUCAAGAAAAAAGACAAGGAAGGAAAGUAUGAACAUUACAUUAGAGGUGGAAAAACUGGGGAGGAUGUGAAUAGAAUCCUGUAUGUUGAUAAAAAAUACAAAAGUUUUGGUGAAUGGCACCAGUAUGAUGGGUUUGCUGAAAGAGAACCUGACUAUGUUUCUGUGGGUAAAAUGAAAGAGGUGUUUUCUUUUAAAGGAGAUUUUAAAAAACAUGCAGAGAAAGCUAUCCAUGUGUUUUGUCCACAACUCUCUGAUUUGGACAAAGUGGGCUUUUCAAACAUCCUCUGUAGAAUACAAAUGCUUUUUGAAUCUUUGCGGAAGAUUUAUUACUCAGAUACUAGAUGUUGGUCAGAUAAAUAUAAGGCAUUUGUUGAUUUCUUUGGGAAGAACUUGGUCCAAGCAAUGUUUGAUCUGUGGAAAAUAGACAGAGAUCAGUCAACAGCAAGUGAGGGAGAACGAGGACAAAUUUUGAACGGAUGUAUUCUUGUUGUAUGUGCCUUACAUACAUUGAAUAUUAACCUACAGAAUUCAAAACUUAUUCAGACACUUUGCAAAGCAAUGCUUAUAAGAAGAGGAAAGAAAGAAAAACAAUGUCAAAAUUAUCAAUUUAUGGAACAGAAUUUUCAAGAAAAAAGGCAGUCUAUUUCGGAUAUAUUGCUGUCUUUAGUAAAAACUUUGGCAGGAACAACAAAAGAUCCAUCCUGGCUCUACCUAAUGCCGUGGGUACAUUUUCUCUCUGGCGAAUCAUCACCCUUUGAAGCUCAGAUUGUAGAUGUUUCACAUGACAGUGAAAAACCUGUGUGGUGGGGAAUUGCUAAAAUUAAAAAUGAGGUGGAGUAUUUCAAAGCAAAAACAGGAAAAUGGGCAAUAAAACUGGAGACGGUUUUAGAAAAUUUGGAGCCAUUAUUUGAGAUGGAUCAUCUUCUACCACGUACAUUUAUGACAGUGAUAAAUCUGAAUGAGUUGGAAAAAGUCAUUAUCACAGGCAAAAUACCAGUUGAAACAUGUUUGGCUACUAUCACCUAUUACGCUAAAAUGUACCAACCAGAAAUGCAUUUUGACUAUUAUAACAGAUGUAAUUAUUUUCUGGACCCAAGCCUUGAAGAAAAGAAGGUUGGUAUAUGCAUUGGUAGUCUACUGGACCAACUUGAAACAACUGUGUACAGUGAAACAUGCACCGUCACUCAGUGGACCAUGUGUUAUGUUAUAGCUGCAAGUUUGUUUGAAGAAUGCACUAAAGCAGACAGGAGUGAAUUGUUCUGUUUAAGUGUUCAGACUCUUCUGCAUUGUUUAGCAAUGUUUGAUAGAUGCAUGGGCAGUAAAAGUGUAACAGGGUCUUCAAAAGUUCAAAAUCCUGAACAAGUAAUGAAUGUUGCAACAUUAAAAGCCCUUACAUGGAUGGAAAUGUGGCAGUAUAAUUGGGGAUACUAUAUGGACAACAUAUUGAUGGUUUGGAAUUUAUUGUUUUCUUCAAAUGAACUGCAAUCAGAUAGAGUUAGAGAUGAGUGGAAUAAAGUCAUAUCUGAGAACUUGUCACAGACAUUAAGAGAUAAAGUGUGUGCAGACAGCUCCCUCACAAGAUAUUUUGUUGAACUUUACUGUAGAAAGGUGGACAACUUCAACCUGAAAAUGCAAGACUGCAUGAGCAAAGCUGCUUUCCAGGCAAUUUCAAAGGGAUAUUCUGUAAACUACUAUGGUUUCUCAGAAGAUGAAAACAUGCGUUAUGGCAGGCUUUUAUCUGACAUGUUCAUGACAGAGUGGAAGAGACAUACCAAGACAAAGACAACAGAAGUGGAAAAAGGGACAAUUAUUCUCCAAUAUGUGCUGAGUUGGACACCAUUUCGACACUAUCUGAAUAUCUAUUAUAAUGAUGAGAAAAAUUUCAAAAUAUUGAAGAAAGAGUGUGUAGACAUUUUGGAAAAAGCAGUGGCAGUUAUUGACGACAGGGUUUGUAAGCUGAAUGAUGGCUCAAUCACCAUUUUAGACUUGGAAUUGUUGGCGUCAAGAGAGCAGACAUUCUCAGAGCUGGCAGAAGUUGUUUGCCCAGAAAUAGAGUUUGCAUCUGUAAGUAAAGGGAUAAAGUUGAGACAGAGAGAAGUAAAAGCUUUCAAGAUUCAAGCUGAAGAAAUGUCAACAUUAGCAAGUCUGUGUCAACAUCUAACAAAUGUGGACAUAAGAUGUGUUGCUGACAUAUUGCAAAAGCAAAAGGAUAUAACUAGACAUUCUGUGAGGGAAUUCUGUGUACCAGCUGCUGAAAAAAGCAUUGAGGAAAUUGACCAAUAUGUACCAAAAUUAUGUGCAUUUGAUUUGCCACAGACUGUGUUAGAUAUGGUGCCACCGCUUCAUGUUUACAACAAAAGUAGAACAUUUAUAAAUUUAUGGCAAGGCAAGUGUGUUGAAGUUGAAGCUGGGUGUGUUUCUUUGGAACAUGUUGUACAAAAAGUGUGGACUCCUGUUAAAGAGAGCUUGGAUGAAAUGUCAGUGAGAAUCCAGAGUGGUGAAAUCCAGUUUAGGGAGUUUGAGAAACGACUUGGAGAGAUGUAUGGAGAAGAUUAUGGGAAGAUGGAGGCAGAGCUAAAACAUAUGAAUGUCAAAGACAUAAAACUCCGGCUGGAUCAGUUGAAGAAAUACAGACAGUUGAGUACAUGUGUGGAAGGAGCCAAAACUAUCCUUGAAUUUGCGCAGGAAUACAAUUUGAAUGGAGAUUUUGAUCAGAUGGAAGUGAUUGCCACACAAAAGGAUAAGGACUUAGAAAUGAGGUCAUUUGAUGACAGUGUGAUGAAAGUGUGUGGCUUUUUGUCUGAUAUGACACCAGCUCGAGGGGCAUGUCUGAAAACCUUUGUUACCUGUGAACCACUUGUUAAAUGGCUGAAAACAUCAAUGGAAAAAGAGGGAUUAAAGGAAUUGAAGGUGUUUGUUGACUUGGCCAUUAUGUCAGCUGGUGAAGAGGGAUUGAACAUUCCCAGAGUUCAGUGUCUGCACUCUGCAGUAACAGGAUAUGCCCCUCUUAUAUUUGACCUUCAACCCACUUCGGGUUAUGAACAUCUACUAAAACUCUGUUCUUUUGUGUGGAAAGAGCUUGAUGCAAAUCCAAAUUUGCCAGCACAACUGGAAGAUACGAACCAUAAUCUAGAAUGGUUUAAAGAAAUCAAGAAAGCUCAUGGUUCCGUAGAGGUUACCUCCCUUAUGCAGGUUGAAGCUAUCAAUGCAAAAGGAGUAUUUACAGUUGGUAAAAAUGUUUGGAAUAAUGAGUCUUCUCAUGGAACAUUAUUGAUGAUAUCAGAUACUCUGAGACUGACAGUAUUAGACGUGGAAGGUCAAGGUCAGGAUAGAAAUUACACCUUCCAUCAAUUACAAGAUUUACACAGUCGUUUGAUGUUAGUGGCUGGAAAAGCUGAAAAGGGAAAUGACAAUGUUGAAAGAUUUACUAUGAUAUUUGACAGUACAAUUAGACUAAGCAAUGUGUACAUGAAGCUAUGUUCCUCUGGAUGUGUCCUGUUCAAGAAUUGGAGUGCAAUGUUUUUCUGUGACCCAAAUCGUAAACGACCUGUCUGUAUUCAGCUAAAAUUUGGACAAGGUGAAGAUGUCCCACAUCUGAAGGGCAGAAAGUCAUAUAAUGAAGAUUUGAAAGACAUGAUUCCUAAACUGGCAAACGUUAUGGAAAACUGCUAUACUGAUUGGUUGAAACACAUUCAAGACAAACGCAAGAACCAUCUUCAUCUAAACUACUUUACCAUUGAUCAGCUUGUUGUUCUACAAAGGGAAUUGGUGAAAAUUGGAACUGAAACUCAACCUGAUCUCCGUAUCUAUCCAUUAUUAUCAGCUGUUAAAGCAAACUGUACACCAGAUGAUGUUUUGGAAGCAAUGACAGAUGCUAAGAGGGAGAUUGAUGGGUACGAUGAGUUGAAACCUGACGACCUUGAAGAAAAUAAAUUGGAAGAUGAUGAUGCUGCUGAAAUACUUACAAAUGUCACUGAAGAUGAAAAGAAAGAGAAUUUCUUUCAAGAGCUUGUUCUUGCAGGAUACAGUGAGGAUCUAGCUCUUCGGGCUGCAGAGCUUUUAGAUCUGGAUGAUCUGCCUGCAGGAAUUAUCUGGUGUAUGGAGCAAGACAUGGCCAAGGCUGAUGAUGUGGAACAGCCUCAAGUUGAGAAUCAGCCAAUGAGAGAGCAGGUUACACAGAGACCUACUUUCACUGGCUGGAGCCAAUCACAGACUGACAUACAAACUAUGAUAACUACAAACAUAUCUGGACUGAGGAAGCGAAAUGAUUUUGGGUCGGCUCCUCUGAUCAAUGAACUUACAGCGUUAUGGGAACAGUUUCUGGAGUCUAUAUCUUCCAACAUACGAGACUAUCUAAGUUUGGAACAUCUUGGUCUUAUACUGAAACAUCUUGCUCGAAAAGAUACCAAUCUAAUAUCCAGAUCGUUACCUCUUGGAUACAAUGAAGGUGAACCUAAUCUUAUUAUGUGUCCCUCAGAAGAUGUAUUGAUGACAACACUAUCUAUAUAUAUGAUGGACAGAGAUCAACCUCUACCACAGUCUGAUGAAAUACUCUUGUGUACACCUAACACAACAAAAGAUGAAGUUGAUAUAUUUUGGAGGAGGGCAAUAUUUGAUGGAGGAAGAAAGAUUCACUGUCUGGUAAAUGCUGAUAUGUUAGAUUAUGAUGUCAGUGAAGCUGCAGAGAGAUGUCUCGAGGAAUAUCUGCUGGAAGUUUAUCAACAAGAGUUGAAAUAUCGUUUGUUGGUGAUCUGUGGUUCAGACAAUGAGUACAGAUCUACCAUUGUGUCAUCACUGGACAAGUUUAAGAGACAACCAUUACCAGCAAACACUUCUCAUUUACGAGACUACCUGGCUAAUAAACUAAUUGUACAGGAACAUGAUAUAGUAGGUGUUAGACCAGCAGCUUGUGUUGAUAGACAGAGGUCUACAGUACGAGUGAUCAAAUCAUGGAGAGCUGGUGUAGGCAAGACAUUGUUUAAACAUAGAAGAGAAGAAGAACUGUCACGUCUAAACAGAGGACCAGUUAAAUCAGACACAGUGUCUAUACCACUACAAGAGAAAACAAUUGAUCUACAUUAUGUGAUAGAGAGACUUCUAGAACACACAACACAUCCAGGGGAGAUUACUGCCAGACUCUUCCAUAUUGAUGUAGCACAUGAGGUAGAGAAUGGUGUAGAUUACCUACUGUUUAACUUGCUAGUACUGGGAUGUUUGACAGACAAGACUGGCUUUGUAUGGAGGAAAUCCCCCACUGAUAUCUACCUGAUUGAAACCAUGCCUUUAAUGAUGCAUGCUAUGGAUAAAAGGGGAGCAGAUUUACAGUAUGUACAUCCUAUGUUAAAUGUGUUACCAGAUCUGACCUGUAGAUCACCACAGGACAGCUUGCAGAUAUAUGAUGGUGUUGAACUUCAUGAUUACAACGACUCUGAUCAGUUAUUUGAUGAGCAACAGUUUAGAAGCCCAGUAUUCCAGCGUACAUUCCAGUACUUACUGAGACUAGAUCAAGGGAGACAACUUGAUGAUGUCAAGCCAGACAAUCCAGAAGGUCAUCCACAGGCAUGCCUUCAAACGUUACUAAGACAUUGUGGAUUAGAAGAUCCAUCUUGGUCGGAGCUUCAUCAUUUUGUUUGGUUUCUGAAUACACAGCUGGUAGAUUUUGAGAAUAACAUGUUUGUUAGUGCAGCUGCUGCAGAAGAUCUUCCUGGAUUCUCCAAAUUUGUCCUCAGAUUCCUCAUUCAGAUGUCUAGGGAUUUUUCUACCCGUUCUUUAAAAAUGAGUGAGGAAUCUCCUGGUGUAAAACCAAAAGCUCAGUUCAGAGAAGUGCGUAUGGAUGACGGAGAAGGUGACAAUGAUGACAUUGGUAAUGACUUGGAGGCGUAUCAGAUGAGGAGGACCUGGGAAAGCAGUCCACAUCCAUAUCUGUUUUUCAACUCGGAUAGAUUAACGUUCACUUUCCUUGGAUUUUUCAUUGACAAAGCCUCUGGAAAUUUGAUAGAUCAACAAACAAAAACUGUUCUAGAAAAUGGAAUAAUGGCUAAAAAUUUAUAUGACUCUCUGGUCAGAAAUCAUGCUCCAAUACAAGAAAACUUUGAUGCUCUUCCAAGAGAUCAGAAAAUCACAAAGUUAUGCAAUGUAAUGGGGAUAGAAUUUCCUCAUGAUCCUGAUGACACCUAUGAGUUGACAACUGACAAUGUGAAGAAAAUCAUGGCAAUCUAUAUGAGGUUUAGAUGUGAUAUACCAGUUAUCAUUAUGGGAGAGACAGGGUGUGGUAAAACAAGAUUGGUCAAGUUUAUGUGUUCUCUACAACAACCACCUGGUGUUAACAUGACAAACAUGAUCCUUAUGAAGGUUCAUGGUGGCACAACACACAAAGACAUAAUCAAGAAAGUUCAAGAGGCAGAAGAAACCGCACAGGAAAACAAAGAUGAAUAUGGAGACCAUGUGUACACCGUUCUGUUCUUUGAUGAAGCAAACACAACAGAAGCUAUUGGACUUAUUAAAGAAAUCAUGUGUGACAAAAGUAUGGAGGGAAAGAAACUAAAAUUAUGUGAAAACCUGAAAAUGGUGGCUGCUUGUAACCCGUAUAGAAAACAUUCAGAAGAGCUAAUCAAAAAAUUAGAGCAGGCAGGACUUGGUUACCACGUUGAUGCUGAUGAAACAACAGACAGACUGGGGCGAGUACCAAUGAGACGUCUUGUGUACAGGGUCCAGCCUCUACCACAAAGUUUACUGCCACUAGUGUGGGACUUUGGACAACUGAACACGGAAGUGGAAGAUCUUUAUAUUAGACAAAUGGUCAGGAGAUAUAUACGUGAAAAUAAACUACCUGGGAAAAGAGGAUUGAUAGAAGUUGUUAGUGCAAUCCUUACAGCUUCACAGGAUUACAUGAGGGCACAAAAGGAUGAAUGUAGUUUUGUGUCACUACGAGAUGUUGACAGAGUGUUGACUGUAAUGAGCUGGUUUUACCAACAGAGUCAAGGGGAGAGAACUCUGUAUGACCUAAUGGACGAGAAACUAUAUGGUGAGGAGGAAUCAGCAACUGAUGACGAGGAUGAUGAUGAAGAUGAAGAGAUGUCAUUUUUUAGAGAUGAUGAAGGAGGUGACAGAGUAGAUGAUAUUACCCGUUCUCUUAUACUAGCACUUGGUGUUUGCUAUCAUGCCUGUCUGAAAACUAGGCCGCAGUAUCGUGCACACGUUGCACCAGAAUUUGGUGUACCUUGUCAUCUUCCAGGUGGUGCGGAUCAAAUACAAGAAGAGAUUGAAUGCUGUCAAGAAGUUUUCUUAGAUCAUGUUCAUCUGGAGAAGAAUAUAGCUCGUAACAUGGCACUGAGAGAGAAUGUUUUCAUGAUGGUUGUAUGUAUAGAACUACGUAUCCCAUUGUUCCUUGUUGGUAAACCUGGAAGUUCUAAAUCCCUCUCCAAAACCAUUGUAUCUGAUGCUAUGCAAGGAAAUGCUGCAAGAGAAGAGCUGUUUAGAGAAUUAAAACAGGCCCAGAUGGUGUCAUUCCAGUGUAGUCCCCUGGCCACACCAGAUGGUAUAGUUGGUACAUUUAGACAAUGUGCACAGUUCCAGAAAGACAAAGAUUUGGAUACAUUUGUCUCUAUUGUUGUCCUUGAUGAAGUAGGAUUGGCUGAAGACAGUCCAAGAAUGCCACUGAAGACUCUUCACCCUCUCCUUGAAGAUGGUUGUCAAGGUGAUGAAAAACCAGAAAAAUAUAAAAAGGUAGCAUUUAUUGGUAUAUCAAACUGGGCGUUGGAUCCUGCCAAGAUGAACAGAGGAAUUCUGGUACAGAGAGAAGUACCUGAUAUACAGGAACUAGUUGAAAGUGCAAUUGGAAUUUGUAAUACAACAGAAAAGUUAGAUAACUUGAUCAAACCAUUUAUACAACCUUUGGCUGAUUCCUAUCUUGAAAUCUUCCAAGAAGCUUCACUGAGUAUGAGAGAAUUCUAUGGACUCCGUGACUUCUACAGUUUGGUUAAAAUGGUGUAUGGGUUUGUUGAGAAAUCAAAACAAAAACCAACUUGGCAUGAAUUGUUACAUUCCAUUAAGAGAAACUUUGGUGGACUGGACCAAGUUGAUCCUGUAGAAAGUUUCAGAAAUCAUCUAACUGCGGUCCAUUUUGAACAGGAGCCACAGCCAUCUGACCCUGAUUGUAGCCCAGCUGGUUUGGUACAAGCAUGUCUCUUUGAUACAAAUAACAUGAAAAGUGAGAGUAGGUACCUGCUACUGUUAACAGAGAAUUAUGGUACAUUAACAAUCAUACAACAACAGAUUCUGUCUAGGAGAGGUGAUAUCAGACCUAUUACCAUAUUUGGUAGUAGCUUUAGAAGUGACCAGGAAUAUACACAGGUAUGUCGAAACAUCAACAAGAUCAAAGUGUGUAUGGAGACAGGGAAUACUGUGGUAUUACUAAACUUGGAAAAUCUCUAUGAGAGCUUAUAUGAUGCCCUCAAUCAAUAUUAUGUAUAUUUUGGUGGAGAAAGAUAUGUUGAUCUUGGACUUGGAACACAUAGAGUCAAAUGUACAGUACACAAAGACUUCAGACUGAUAGUGGUAGCAGAGAAACAGACAGUAUACAAGAAGUUUCCUAUACCUCUCAUCAACCGUUUAGAGAAACAUUUCCUCACCAUCAACACAAUGUUGUCACAAGAACAACAACAAGUUGUAGACACGUUAGAGAACUGGGCAAAGGAGUUUGUUAAACAAAGAAAUGUUGGUUAUGCACAUAGAGGUAAAACAACGGCCACAAAAGUAGGUGAUGUUUUUAUUGGUUACCAUGAUGACACAUGUUCAGCCAUUGUUCUUGAUGUUUGGAACGAAGCUAGAACAGAGGUAGUAGAUGAAGAAGACAGGCACACACAGGUUUUACAAGAAUCUAAAGCAGUGUUACUAUGGUGUGCUACACCAGAAUCCCUGAUCAGACUGGAACACAGUAGCUUGUCAAACAAGGAGAAAGAGUUGUUGAAUGACUGGUACUCAAAAAAACAGCAACAUGAAAGCCUUCUACAAUAUCUUAAUAUGAGAAUUGUACAGCAACAAAACAAGCAACUAUUUGCACAGAUAACAACCCAUUCCAAACUGAUGGCAGGUGUUCACAAAGGAGAAAUCAGUAAAGCCACUGGAAUAGAUGUUGACAAAAUACUCCUGCUAGAAACUCUGUCAUCAUUUGAUACUGAACAACAAUUCAGUAACAAAAUUCAGAAGCACAUCCAGGGUACAGGAAAAGACCCGAGUCUUAUGGUGAUACAGUGUGACUCUGGUGAUGUGAACGCCAAUCUGAUAGCGUGUGCUCGCUACUGUGUCAUGGAUGAGUUGGAGAAGAUGCGUAAAGAAUUGCAGGCACCUGUACAUGUUGUGUUUAUUGUGCAGCUCCCUCGAGGGGCCUCAUUUACAGGAUUUCAGUGUGGACUCUGGCACUCCGCACAUAUAGAUGACCUGUAUCCUGAUUUUAUGAACAUGCCUACACUACAAGACAUGAAAGGAAAAUCUAUAUCUAAACUUCUCACAGAUGUUUAUGGAUCGCCGGACAUGAAUGAGAAUAUUCCUCAUGAAAUGUUAAAAGAAGCAGAAGAAAUUGAAUUGACCGAGGCAAAAGAAGGAUAUGCUGUGCCAAGGCAGGGAAUGGAUGAAAACUUCAUAAACACAGAUGACCUAGACUUUGAAAAUAAAAUGACAAAUGUCCCAUUACAAUUAGAUGAUGCUGAUGAAAGUUUUGAUAAAAGUCAACAUAGACUGAAUGUUAAAGGACUGAUAUUAUCCUGUGUACAGGCAGCAUUGUCUAUGGUGAAAGAUAAGGUAGAAAAUACAAAUAAAGAAACAGACAGGGUCGACCUGGUUCUGAAAUUGCUCCACCAAGAACAAGUUGAAGGUCAGGCUUCCUUCCUACACGGAGUAUGUUGUUUAAUAAUAAAGCUUCUGAGUGAGAAGGAAUCCAAGAUGCAUGGUGUCCACAUGGCACAAUAUUGGCUGGUAAAUGAAGCUGCUUCCAAAGAAAAUAUCCAUAAAGCAGGAACAUUUAGACGUUCAUGUGUACAGACCCUUGAGACAAAAAUAAUUCCAAUCUUGGCUGGAGUUAUUGCUUAUUUGGACACAAAUGAUAACUUAAACAUUUUACAAGAAGAUCAUUUACAAUGGAAAGAGGAACUCUGGUUUACUUACCUGAACACUACAGAAGCAAUUAGUCUACAAUACACAGAUUUGCAGUCUCCAAAAAGACAGAGUGACCUAACAGAAGUGGUUGUCAUGACAACAGGAUGUGAAGGUCAAAUGUUCAGUGCAAAAAUGCCAUUUUCCUGGCUGCUGAUUAACAAGAUCAAUGAAAUCUUGAAAUUACAUCAUCCAGUGGCAGAGUCACAUGACCAUGACAGUGUUGAUCAAGCCAGGGCAAAAACAGAAUCUUCAGUGAAGGUAUUGAGUGAGCAUGCACUGGGUAAAGUAUUGACUUGUAUAUCUGAGGAACAUGAUGUAGCAGAUGCUGUACAAGAAUAUAUCUAUGACUUUGUCCACACCAUGUAUAGAACUACGUCAGAUCAUGAACAACAGUUGGUAUGUCAGUCAGUGUUGUAUUUAACCACUCAAAUGGCAAACAACUUACCAGAGAACUCCCUGCUACAUAGUUUAGUGACUGUGCAUAUUGCCUACCAGAAACUUGCACCUAGACUGACUUACUUCAGGGCUAUGAACAGUGUAUGGCCAGAAUGUAGUACCACUAUUGUAGACUUGAAAACCAGCAAACCUGACCAUUUUAUGUUCAAGGAACAGGAAUUUACAUUCUCUGCCUUAUGCUUGCUCCUUGAGAAUCUAUCCCCCAAAGGUACAGAUCUUAACAAUCUUCGAGGACGUUCUCAUUGGUUGAGUAGGGUACAUCGUUACAGGCCUGUUGUUGAGAAAGUUAUCAGUUUACACGCUGAAGAUCCAACAUUGUAUGGUGCUCAUAGUAUCCAAUCUGUGCGUAGAGCAAAGGGACUAUGGAGUAGAGUGAUGGUUGUUAAGUUAUUUCUGGAACAUGUCUGUGCAUUUGAGAGUGAAGACAAGAUAACCAUCAAACAUUUUAUGCCAUUAUGGAAGAUACUUGGUGAGGAGGCAAAUAUGAAGGAGAAGAAAUCACUAGAAGAUGUUGAAAAAUUCCUCAAAAUAUGUAAUAAACAGGCUAUGAAGGAAUAUAUUGGGUAUAUAUAA